UCUUUGACAAACAGGCAAUCUUCAUCCGAAGCACUCUCAGAGGGUUGAAUAUUGAUUGGUGCUUCACGACUGAAGCCUUGCAAUGGAUGGAGUUGAAGCUUUGGCGCGUCCAAAUGCCCUUGAUUCUGAACGAACUAGACUCUUGAAGCAGGUGUUGCAGUCAUCGUCCCGGCUGCAAAGAGAGCUUCGAGUAACACUGGGGACACCAGCACCGAAGGCAUCCAAAUUUAGCUCUUUUGACCCCACAGCGUCAAAACCCAAGGAGCAGCUACCCUCAGAUCGCAUAGCCUCAUCCUCUCUGAAAGACAGGCUGCAACUUUGCGCGCAAGGUCAUUCAGAGAUUUGUGAGGAUUGUGAUGCUGGGGAUCUUGGCCGUGAGAUGUCUCCCGUCUUGAAGUCUUGCGGAGAAAGAAUAGGCAGUCUCUCUGGAAAGAUUUUCUCCUUGGAGGAUCAGUUGACCCUUCGAGGCGGUGUUUUACCCCAGCGAGAGGAGGAUAGCAGCCUUGCGAUCGAGAUCAUUCCUCACGGCCAACAGGCCUCGGCAGCGACGCGCCAGAAGGAAGAAGCGGCGGACCGAGCGCUGGCCUCGCACGCGCGUUUUGCAUCGCUCGAGGAAUUGCAAGAGAACUUGCAGAAGCAUGCAUCCUCGUAUGAUGAUUUGAUGCUUGGCAAAGCAAGAGGAUCGUCUUUCUCAUGACUCGUCUUGGCCCCAGCAGAGCUUUGACUAGUUGGACCAGCCCAAUCAUACCAGGCGACAACUGUUUCCACGACGGCAUCGUUGGAAUCCGAACCUGUACUUAUUGACAGAUGAGACGCUUAAGAACCCCCACGAGUUCAAGGAAGCGGUGUGGCGAAAACUCCCAAAGGAAGAAGAUGACAUACACCGCAAUAACACUCGUGGCAGUGUUCGUUGGCGGAGGAGUGGUUCUCCGAAAAGAGCGGGCAGCAAAAGAGUGGGCAGUAAAUUUUAACGGUCAGACGACACCCGAACUGGUCCAUGAUCGAUAGAUCGGUUCGUCGCGACGCUUUUCCCUUUGAGAAUCGCGAACCUGAUUCCUCGGAGUGGCUGCAAACAGUCUCACCUCACCAUGUGCACUCGUCCAAGACAAGUGCAAUGUGCAUAAGACAGCACAUGUUUGAGGAGCAAGCUGUGCGGUUAGAACAUCGAGAAGCGGUUGUGUGACUUCAGUGAGUCAAGGUCAAGCCGCGCCGUUUAGAAUCCAAGUUUAGAG